GGGGGGCAGCCCCCCUAGAUCAUCACCGGCCUCGCCAGCCCCGCUCCGGGGAUACACGCACACCGCCCGCCGCAUCGCCGCCCCGAAGGCUUGCGGGCUCUUCUUUCCCGACGUCGCCCGGCGCUUCGGAUGCUCUAAACCCAACCGAGACUCUGGGGCCUGUAUAUGGAAAUAGUGGGGUGCCGAGCCGAAGGCAACGCGUGUCCCUUCCGUCCGCCAGCCAUGCUUUUCCACGGCAUCUCCGGAGGCCACAUCCAGGGGAUCAUGGAGGAGAUGGAGCGGAGGUCCAAGACCGAGUCGCGGCUGGCCAAAGCCGGGCAGAUGAACGGCCGGGAAGCGAACAUGCCUCCGCUGAGCCCCGAGAAGCCUGCUCUGUGCGCCGGCUGCGGAGGCAAGAUCUCGGACCGCUAUUACCUGCUGGCUGUAGACAAGCAGUGGCACCUCCGCUGCCUCAAGUGCUGUGAAUGUAAACUGGCGCUGGAGUCCGAGCUCACCUGCUUUGCCAAGGACGGCAGCAUUUAUUGCAAGGAGGAUUAUUACAGAAGGUUCUCCGUGCAGCGCUGUGCCCGCUGCCACCUGGGCAUCUCGGCCUCGGAGAUGGUGAUGCGGGCCCGGGACUCGGUUUACCACCUGAGCUGCUUCACCUGCACCACGUGCAACAAGACCCUGACGACGGGCGACCACUUCGGCAUGAAGGACAACGUGGUCUACUGCCGGGCGCACUUCGAGAGCCUCCUCCAGGGCACCGAUCCCGCCUCCUACCCACCCCCGCAGCUGAGCUACACCGAGCUGGCGGCCAAGGGCGGCGGCCUGGCAUUGCCUUACUUCAACGGCACGGGCACCGUCCAGAAAGGCCGGCCCAGGAAGAGGAAAAGCCCCGCGCUGGGCGUCGAUCUCGUCAGCUACAAUUCAGGUUGUAAUGAGAAUGAGGCAGACCAUCUGGACAGAGACCAGCAGCCUUAUCCCCCAUCUCAGAAGACUAAGCGCAUGCGUACUUCAUUUAAGCACCACCAGCUCCGUACCAUGAAGUCCUACUUUGCCAUUAACCACAACCCAGAUGCCAAGGACCUCAAGCAGCUUGCCCAGAAGACAGGACUAACUAAGAGAGUUCUGCAGGGAGAACAAAUCUUGGGGCAUUACAGCCAAACAUCCCGACGUUUGAAAAUUCCCUAAAGUAUUAAAAGAAGGGGAAAGUUUGAUCGGAAAUCCACUGCAGUGAAGACAAAGACAAUAUUAGGUUAUGAUAAACCAUACAUUUAAAAUUUAUUGAGCCAAAAAUAAUUUUCAAAAAAAAAAAAAAAGACUCAAUGUCAUUACCUGAAUGUUAACACAACAUAUGUUAUCUGACGCUGUCUAACUAAAAACCUGAAGGCUGUGUAUGACAUCAGAGCAACCUGGCAGUACUACUCAGUUCAAUUUAAGAAGAUUCUUCCUCCUCUUCUUCUUGUUCUUCUUUUAUUUAAACCCACAUUUGCCAAGCAAAAAUAUCUGUAAAAUAAGAUCUAAAAACAGAGCUAAUUCAUCCUGCUUGCCAAUGUGUAUUAGUCAUAUAUGUUCAAUUGCAUUUUUGUAAACUCAGAGAAGAAAAUUCUCACUCCUUCAAGGUAAUAGGGAUCAAGAUUAGUAUUAUUUGUUUCUGACUUUAAAAAAAUUAAGCAAUCUGCAUGCACUUUUUCAUCUGUCACCUAGAGUGUACUUUUUCUGUAUGAUGCAUUUCGCUUUGAUGUUUCUUGUACAGUAGUUUCAUUAAUAAACAUUUUACUUGAUGCAAACCUAGUUAAUACAGACAUAACUGUUGGAAUUAAUUUAAUGCUUUUUAACAAAAAUGAUGCAACAAAUGCAUCUCACCCAGUGUUUUAUAUACCAAAUGAAAGAGGCUGUUGCACAAUGUAAAAUGAUAUCCUUGGUAUUUUCCCUGCUUCUCAUUUCCUUAUUUUCUCAUUCCUCCCCAACCCCCUACACAGUUGAUACAGAUAAGAAUUGCUAUCAAGAAAGGGCACAAUCCUGUUGAUUUUCAGCAUACAUUUCUAUGUAAUUUUGCCUAGUGGCCUAAGAAUUAAACUUUGGGAAUCCCCCCACUAAAAAUAGUUUUCUAGCAACCAGAGAGAAAGAGACCUUCUGCUGCUUGACUAAUGUUUUUUUCCCCAGUGGCUCCUGUUUUUAUUGCACUCCUGCUAGAAUAUUUUAUCCAUCAUUUUAGGAAGGCUUAAGGAAUACAGUAUGUUAUGCCGUAAGUGAUGCUAGCCUAAUGAUCCCUACUAAGUUUACAUGUUCACUAUGCAAUGAGGAAAAUCACUUAACAGAUUUAAAAUAAAUAAAUAAUCCACUCUCUUAGAAUACCUGAUCUCAGCAUCAUCCCAUCCACAGCUGAAUUUCAGCUACUAUUGUUAAAUUGUGAUUACUUCUUCAGAAAUGAAGGCCUUGUAAUUCUUACAGGGCAAUCUUUCUUGUGGAAGAUUUUGUAGAAUUACAAUCCUCUCAAGCUGUACAUCCAAAGCAUGUGUUAAUUUGUUUAACAGUCUUGCCAAAAAAAAGGGAAAAAAGGAAAAGCCCCUUUUCAUUUAAAAUUAAAUUUUAUUAUAUACAAAUGAACCCUAUGUAAACAAUGUAACUUUGAAUACGAAUUGACAUUAAAAUAUUUCACUUAUGUGUGUAUGCUGAGCAUUUUCAAUGUCUUCAUAAGCUCUUUGAGUGUCUGAACAGGGGCGGGAGGUUUUACACAAAGAAAGCCAUGCCUUUCAUAACAAAAUAGCACCAAAUUAGCACACACAUUACUUCAGAAAUGGUCUGGACAUCAGAAAGGCGACAGUAGCCAUUUGUAAUAAAACAGUUGUUAAAGGUAGUCAUUAUGGACAUUUAUGCUGAAAGAAUGUUUUCACAAUGUGUAAUAAAUGUCCUGCUGAAAAAGUGACUACAAUGAGUAGAAUAAAGUGGAUGGAAAGCCUGAGUACAUAUUGCCAAAUGUCUAUACUUUUUUUUUUAA